CAUGUAUAAAAGAGCCGAGGGCUUCACAGCUCCCUAUCCAACUUCUUCCUCUCGACUCUCCUGAUCAUUCAGCUUGACCUUCCAAAGAGAAGAAUGUCCUGCUCCAGCCUGUGCGUCCCUUCCUGUGGGGUGGCCGCCCCAUGCCCAGUGGCUGACACCACCAACGAGCCCUGUGUGCGUCAGUGCCAGGACUCCACGGUGGUGAUCCAGCCCCCGGCUUCUGUGGUCACCUUCCCCGGACCCAUCCUCAGCUCCUUCCCACAGCACAGCGUUGUGGGCUCAGCUGGAGUCCCUGCUGUUGCUGGGGGCUAUGGCGGCAGUUAUGGAGGCUAUGGUGGGUUUGGAGGCUACGGUGGCUACAGAGGCCUUGGUGGCUAUGGAGGCCUGGGUGGCUAUUGGGGCUAUGGAGGCUAUGGUAGCUGUGGAGGCUACGGAGGCUUUGGUGGCUACGGAAGCUUUGGGGGCUGUGGAUAUGGAGGCUGGGGCCGAGGUCUCAGGUCCUUCGGUGGUUGGUGUGGCGGCUGGUAAGCCCCACCUGGCACCAGCCUCAGACAACAAAGAGCUCCAGGAAAGCCCAUGGCACAUUCCAACUUGACGAUACCCUAUAGAAGAACCUCCUUUCAGCAAUGCUGGAACCCAGAGCUUGGACACCUCUUGCUUCUUGGAGCCCAGCUCUGCCUUCCUCCUGCUCUGCUUGAACAUUCCUUCAAGACUCGUUGCCGCCUGAUGACAGAGACCCGCACUAGGUUCCUGCUCCUGCACCAUGGUUGAUGCCCUUUUUGGCUCUGCCCACUGCCAGCACUGGUGGGCUGACCAUGCGCAGGGCUCUGCUCUCGUCCCACCUCCUUUCCCCUUAAACUGCAAUAAAAGUUGUGUUGCAUCACA